AUGGAGCAAUGGACAUUUGGCCUUUAUCCAGCAUGCAUCAAAUAUCUCAUGUCCGCAUUUGAUGUUCCUGAGGUCAUGGCUGUCACUAGGAACAAUAUUUGCAAGAAUGGAAUGGACUCGCUCUCCCGUGGAGGGGCUGUGAUAUAUUAUGCUUCUGUCUUCCUUUACUUUUGGGUUUUCUCAACUCCCAUUGUCUCGUUAAUUUUUGGAAGCUACCUUUACAUUUGCAUUAAUUGGCUUCACAUACACUUUGAUGAAGCCUUUUCAUCACUCCGAAUUGCUAACUACAAGGCAUUUACACGAUUUCAUAUCAACAGCAAAGGAGAUCUUGAAGUUUUCACCCUUGCAGUAGAUAAGGUUCCAAAGGAAUGGAAGCUGGAUCCUAGUUGGGAUGGGGAGUCGAAACAGCCACAUAGCCUUAGUUAUCUCAGACGGUUUCCUAGCAAAUGGCGGUCGGUUUCUCCACAGCAGGAUCCUGUAAAGACUGUGAGGAUUGUUGACCACUUUGUUAUUGAACAAACACAAAAAUCUGAAUCUGCAACAGUUAACGGAUCAGUCACUCAUUGA